GCUUGGUGACAAACUAUGGAGGAAGAAAGUGUAUGGGAUGACCCUUAUGCUCAUGGUCAUAUGCUCGGUUGGUUCAGGUCUUUCGUUUGGACAUGAGCCUAAAUCUGUGAUUGCAACCCUUUGCUUCUUUCGCUUCUGGCUUGGUUUUGGAAUUGGUGGUGACUAUCCACUUUCUGCCACUAUCAUGUCUGAGUAUGCUAACAAGAAGACUCGUGGUGCCUUUAUAGCUGCUGUGUUUGCGAUGCAAGGAUUCGGAAUUCUGGGAGGUGGUAUAUUUGCAAUCAUAGUUGCUUCUGCAUUCAAGGCAGCCUUUGACGCUCCGGCAUACGAGGUUGAUCCAACUGGCUCAACUGUCCCACAAGCAGACUUUGUUUGGCGUAUAAUUUUGAUGGUUGGUGCACUCCCAGCUGCACUCACCUACUACUGGAGAAUGAAGAUGCCUGAAACUGCUCGGUACACGGCCCUUGUAGCCAAGAAUGCAAAGCAGGCUGCCUCUGAUAUGUCAAAGGUUUUGCAGGUGGACAUUGAGUCAGAAGAGCAGAAGGUUGAGCAGAUAGCUCAGAACAGGAGCAAUGCUUAUGCUUUGUUCUCUAGAGAGUUUGUUCGUCGACAUGGUCUUCACUUGCUUGGAACAACAACUACAUGGUUCUUGCUUGACAUUGCAUUCUACAGCCAAAAUCUUUUUCAGAAGGAUAUCUUUAGCGCAAUCGGGUGGAUUCCUCCUGCAAAGACAAUGAACGCCCUGGAGGAAGUUUACAGAAUUGCAAGAGCACAAACACUUAUUGCUCUUUGCAGCACUGUUCCUGGCUAUUGGUUUACAGUGGCCUUCAUUGAUAAGAUGGGAAGGUUUGCUAUUCAAUUGAUGGGAUUCUUCAUGAUGACAGUGUUCAUGUUUGCGUUAGCAAUUCCUUACAAUCACUGGACUCAUAAGGACAACAGAAUUGGGUUUGUGGCAAUGUACUCAUUGACUUUCUUCUUUGCGAAUUUCGGACCUAAUGCCACAACAUUUGUUGUACCUGCAGAGAUUUUCCCUGCUAGGUUCAGGUCUACUUGUCAUGGCAUAUCAGCAGCCUCGGGUAAACUGGGUGCAAUGGUGGGUGCAUUCGGGUUUUUGUACUUGGCUCAGAGCAAGGACAAGACCAAGACGGAGGCGGGCUAUCCUCCUGGUAUUGGGGUGAGAAACUCACUGAUUGUGUUGGGUGUAGUCAACUUUUUAGGGAUGUUGUUUACAUUCUUAGUACCUGAAUCAAAGGGGAAGUCUUUGGAAGAGAUGUCGGGGGAAAAUGAAGAUAACGGGAUAGAAGAAGUUGAGCAGCCAUCGCAUAACAGAACAGUUCCAAUCGUUUAAUUCAGGAUAUGUCUGACUUCAUUGUUUCUUGGAGUAGAAUCUGCAAGUUGUUUUCCAUUUCUACAUGUUUUUAUAUAAAUCCUACGUCGAUCCUGGCUUCUCUUCUUUCUCGGUUUCACCUUUUGUCCUAGCAUGUCUUCGUUUCUGUUCUUCUUGUACCCUGGAACUUGACGAAAUAAAAUGUAUAGACAUAGUUUUCACUCUC